AUGAACCAUUUACAAUGCGUUAUUUCUGAUGGCGUAUGUGAUUACUGUCAUAAAUACUUAUCAGUAACUCCAGUCAAAGUAUAUCCAAACAGGAAAAUAAAAUGUGGCAGAUGUUCAACAAGCAACGAUGAAGAAGAGGACGUUGGUGUAGAUUCUAUGUACAAUAAAAUUGCUGCAAGAAUUCUUUUUGAAUGCAUUAACAAGUUUGAUGGCUGUACACAAUUAUUGCAAUCAUCGGAAGUAAUUGAACACGAAAAAACAUGUUUAUCCAAAACAUUCAAAUGCCCUAUUUGUUUGGAAGAAAUAUUUACGUUUUUAAUAAUUCGCCACUUUCGACUAAAUCACCCCGAAUCCUUAUUAGAAAAACCUAAUUUUCAAGUAACUAACUUAAGGAAUAUAGAAAAAACAUUUUUGUACCAAUUAGAAUCUGAUUUGCUUUUCGUGAACUUCCGUGAUGUAUCUGAUUUGUUUGCGGAUGAUUUGAGACAGUUUUCAUUAAACUUUUUAUUUCAUUUGGGUAAAAACGAUUACAUUAAAAAUUUCAAAAUAGAUUUCUUUGAAAAAAAUACUAACAUUUUAAAUAAAACUUUUUACACAAGUGGAAACACAUCAGUUACAUAUAAUAUAACUUUAAAUAUUACAUGUGAGUCAAAGUUGUUGGUAAUGUUUCAUUUAAAUUGUGUCGAAUUUAAAAGUUCCAUAAUCAGUAUAAUACAACCCAAAAUUAAUAAAAAAGAAGAAAGUAAUAAUUUGAAAUCUCUACCUCAAGGUAAUUCGAAUUCAAAGAUAUUUCAUGAACAGCUGGGAGAAUAUUUAAAAACGCUUUUAUUCCAGAAGCGCGAUAUUUAUCCGAAUGACAAAUUUAAAGAAUCAGUCUCAUAUUUAGAGAUUACUGAAAAAGCAACUCUUUCAUAUAUAAAAUUAUUUGAAAAAGUCACCAUUACAUUUGCUUGUCGUGUAUGUUCGUUAAUUUAUCCUUUUGUAUUUAAAGUCAAAAAAUGUAUAUAUUUGUCUGGAAACAAUAGUCAUUAUUAUCUACAGUGUUCGGGAUGCUUUAAUAAAAAAAAGAUAGUUACAAAAAAUGACUUUGGAUUAGACGAAUUAAAAAAUAUUAUGUUCUUUUGCAUCUGGGAUUGUGGAACACUUUGUGUUUUUAACGAGUUGUAUAUCCAUGAAAGAAAAUGUAUAAAACAAAUUUGUCAGAAAUGUCCAAUUAAAUCGUGUUUUUAUUAUUUCAAACUGUUCGAAAUUGAAGAUCACGUAAAAAAUAAACAUUCAAUAUCAAUUUUUCAAUCAAUCAAUUGGAAUCACAGGUUAAUUAAUGUAUAUUUAGAUACUUCUAACCCUGUCAUAAAGCAUAUUAUGUUAAUAUGGUGUGUAUGCGUUUUUGUCAAAUUUAAAUGGGAGCAACCAAAUUGGACAAUCAGUUUUACUUGUGAAUUACCAGGUGUACAAAUAAAAGCUAGAAUACUUGAUAAGAAUAAUAAAAACAUAUCUACAAUAAUUGGAAAUGGUUCAUUUCCACACAAUGAGGAAAUACAAGUACAUCUAAUUUGUUUAAAAAAUGAAAAUUAA